ACACUUUACUCUUUUUUUCCCCUUUAGUACCUUUUUUUUUUUCCCCCCCCAGGAAAGUGAUACACUCACCUUUCUUUUCCUGGGUUUAAAGAUCAGGCGUUUUAUGUAGAGUCUUAAAUAAAUCAGUUUUGGAAGUCUUCACUGAAAACCUUAAAGGCAUGUAAGUUUUCGAUGGCAAAGGAAUUGUGUUGUGAUGCCAUUCGUAUCUCCUCCUGUAUAUGCGUGCCUUUUGCACUUGUUUAGUUGAUUUAAAAUGAGUUUCUUUUUCAUCCUUUUCCUGCUGCGUUGAGGCCUGAACUAGUUGUCAAUUUCUGACAUUUAGCGAACAUGGAUUGGGCAUUUACCACGUGCAUUUGCAAGAAUGCUCCUCCACGAGCCCGUGCGUUCCUUGAGAUGUAUGAACGAAUAUUUUCCUCUGAAAUUCACAUGAUUUUGGCAGAGUGCUCGGCACCUUGUUGCACUGCUGUGAUCCAUCAUCAUCUCCUAAAGAUGCAUGCUGACUUAUCUCCACACUUGCAUACUGAAGAAUGCAACGUCUUGAUUAACUUGCUUAAGGAAUGUCACAAAAAUUACAUACAAAACAGGAUCAAGAGCAGGGAGGAUGGCAUUGCAAUGCGAAAGAAACUUUUUAAUACUCCAGAGGAAUCCGAAAAAUAAAUUGCAUUUUCACUGGAUGCCUUGGCUGAGAGAAGACCUAAAGACUCUGGGUUGAUACCUGAAGGAAUCCUAUCUUAUUUGGUCUCCAUAAUCCUUUGAAUAGAAGGUGACCUGUGAGAGAUUGAACUGUGGAGAAAUAUGAAAACCCUGGAUUCUGAGUGUUUGUUGGGCAGGGCGUUUAGUACCGUCUCCCCUUUACCAGCAAACCUGACUUCACCAUGUUUCUUCCCUUUGCCUACAGCCAGUUAAUAUCUGAGUAACUUAUCUCCCUCAAUAAAAUAAUUUAUUUAAAUAA